UGGAGUGAGUCGUCGAGGUCACUGGCUACCAGACUAAAGACACAGAUAACACAGAUUAUGUGUUAUCUGUGCUAAAGAAUACAAGAGAUCUACAGGAAUGCUACAGGCGCUACAGGUUUGCUACAGGUUCAGCCAGCCAUAAUGGAUGGCCUCUUUUUGUGAUUAGUGUUAUUUGUGCAUUUUUCCCAAAAUUUCAUCGAUAAUUUGAGUGUUUUCUAUUAUACCACAAAAACAUUAAAAACCAUGGUGUCGUGUUCUGUACACAGUUGUAGGAGCAGGAAAGGUAUCGACUCGAAGAAAUUCACCGGAGUCAAGGUUGCACCGGAGUAACAUUUCACAGCCACAACAGAGGCCACAAUAGUUAUGGCGGACGAAGAAAACAAGGGUAUUAUUAUUUUUGGAAGAGAUGUUUCAAAAAUACCAUGUUUUCGAAAUAGCUUCUUAUAUGGUAUUGGUGGAGGAGUACUUCUUGGAUUAACACAUUUUUUGUUUACUAGUAAAGCAGUGAAAUCGGUAAAUUAUUCCGUGUAUUCAUUUUCUAUUAUUACACUAGGAUAUUGGAUUCAAUGCAGAUACGAAUAUACAAAAACCAAAUUUGAAAUGUUACGUUUACAAGAAGCACUAGCUAACAGAGCCUUAUUUGAAGGUACUGAAGAAGAUAGACCAAAAGAAAAACCAGAACUAGUAGAUGUGUAGAAUUUUAAAUAUUAACCAGAAAAAGAGGUGUUAGAUACCAAAUUGUAGAGGAUAAAGCAUGUACAAAUUAAAUGUAUAUAGCUAUAGUCGAUCUAUGAUAUAGUAAUAAGAGAAUGUUAAAGUUUUAAGAAGGAUAUCUAUUGUGAGAUAUAUAUAUAUUGAGAUAUACAGGGUCCGGCAAUAGUGCGUCGGGCA